GUGUGCCACUUUUGUAAGACUACCGAUUAUACGUCAUAAACAAAAUGAUAGAAUUAUUACGUCUACCAAAGCCUCGUCACGUAACCCUAGGCUUACCCUAGGUAGAGGUUUUAUCGCAUUGUAUUGUCAGAUACCUAUUUCGACGUUAUGCACCGAUCACAACAAAUGUGACCACCCACAGAAUUCUAUACUACCCAUGCAAGUAUUCGGAGUCCCAAGCCAGCAAGCCAGUAGUGGGUCGGUGAUUUAACAUAUACCACGAAAUAAAUACACUAGGACCUAUUUACUUACCUAUCACGUCGAUCCGGGGAUUAGCCCAGACACGUAGGCAAAUGGCGGAGAGAUAAAGAGGGAAAAAAUAGGGCUUUAGUGAAAAAAACGCCACGCAGUGUUUUCAAAAGCCUGACUUAAAAUAGGUCGAAUUCUUUACUAACAAUAUGCUUGUAUGUUUCUAGGGCUUCCGAAGCACAUUCAACUUCAGACGAAGACGAUCUUAUUACAGGGAGAGAAAUUAAGGCUUUAAGUUUUUAUGCAUAUAAUCUUGGAGACCCUGCGCCUGUCAUAUCUCGGUUUUACAUAGUUGGCUUUACCCGAUACCAAGGUCUACAAGCAGAGUGAUUCGGCCAUCUCCAGAAUGAGGUGGCUUUGUUUACAUGGAAGGGGAACCAGCGCACAGAUUUUUGAGAUGCAGACGGUAAGGAUCAGGGAGGCUCUCGGCCGGGAUCACGAAUUCGUGUUUGUUAACGGCACGGUCUCAACCGAACCCGACGUCGGUGCCGAUGCGAUCGCCGACGAGUUUUUCGGCUAUGUCGCCCAUGAUGCAGACCAAGAUCGAGAACUCUGUGACAACAUGAUCGAGUUCGUCGAGAGCCAAGGACCGUUUGAUGGGUUUAUGGGAUUUUCCGAAGGCGGUACUGUGGCCGCGAUGAUGCUUGUAGAAGACGCCAGGCAUGGUUCGUUUGGUGGUAUCAAAUGCGCCGUGUUUUUCUGCGCCGCUUUACCAUUCGAUCCCGACCAGGCCCGAACUGGCGUAAUCCGAUAUAUCGAUCCCGACACGGAUGGGGUUCUCCUGACGAUUCCGACUGCUCAUAUCUGGGCCCAAACUGCCGGGGCACAUGAGAUUAAAGUUCAUCAGUCUCUGACCCAAAUCUGUGAUGAUAGAGUCAGGGAAGUAUUUCUUCACGACCUGGGUCACGAUGUGCCGGGGGCAAAAUCGGACAAGGGGUUAGCUGGAGCUGUCCGAGCCAUUGAACACGUGAUUGAGAAUGCUAUGGACAGUACCAGAUAAUAUGUAGUGCCGGAUGAACAAUAUGUAUUGAGUAGGCCAAGUAUGGAGUCUAUGUAUGUAUGUAUGUAUGUAGGUACGUAUGUAGUAUACGAGGCACCCACAUGAAUGCAACUCAUAAUGACUAUAGGUACCUAAUGUAAUAAAA